AUAAGUGUUUUGUUUCCAUUGCAGCUGUUUUGGUUAAAAGAAGUGCCUUAAAUUAACUGCCAGGACACUCAGCCUAAAGUGCAAGCAGAGCCUGUAAGGAAAAGAACUCUCUCUGAAAAUGGCGGAAGCUCAUCAGGCAGUAGCUUUUCAAUUUACCGUAACUCCAGAUGGGAUUGACCUGCGUAUGAGCCAUGAGGCACUCAAACAGAUUUACCUAUCUGGUGUCUAUUCAUGGAAGAAGAAGUUCAUCAGGUUCAAGAAUGGAAUUAUCACCGGAGUUUAUCCUGCUAGCCCAUCUAGCUGGCUUAUUGUAGUUGUGGGUGUGAUGUCAACCAUGUAUGCCAAAAUUGAUCCUUCCUUAGGAAUAAUAGCCAGGAUCAACCGAACACUUGAUACAACUGGCUAUAUGUCAAACCAAACACAGAAUAUUGUGAGUGGAGUACUUUUUGGCACAGGGCUUUGGGUUGCCCUUAUCGUCACAAUGCGCUACUCCCUGAAAAUGCUGCUCUCCUACCAUGGUUGGAUGUUCUCUGAACAUGGCAAACUUUCUGCUGGCACCAAGUUUUGGAUGGCCCUUGUAAAACUUUUCUCAGGGCGUAAGCCCAUGUUAUACAGCUUCCAGACAUCUUUACCACGAUUGCCAGUUCCAGCUGUUAAAGACACAGUUAACAGGUAUCUGGAGUCAGUUCGACCACUUAUGGAUGAUGAACAGUUCAAAAGAAUGGAGGGUCUUGCCAAAGAUUUUGCAUUUAAUUUGGGGCCAAGGCUUCAGUGGUAUUUGAAGCUAAAAUCCUGGUGGGCCACUAAUUAUGUUAGUGAUUGGUGGGAAGAAUAUAUCUACCUUAGAGGACGUGGACCAAUCAUGGUUAACAGUAACUAUUUUGCAAUGGACUUCCUUUCUUUAUAUCCCACAACCCUGCAGGCAGCUAGAGCUGGUAAUGUUAUCCAUGCCAUCCUGCUCUAUCGGAAAAAACUGGACAGACAAGAAAUCAAGCCAAUUCUUCUGAUGGGAUCUACUGUUCCACUCUGCUCAGCUCAGUGGGAAAGGAUGUUUAAUACUUCCCGUAUCCCAGGAGAGGAAUCAGAUACUCUCCAGCACGUGAAAGACAGCAAACACAUCGUUGUGUAUCACAAGGGCCGUUACUUCAAAGUGUGGCUGUACCAUGAUGGCAGAUUGUUGAGACCCCGAGAAAUUGAACAGCAAAUACAGAGAAUUCUUGAUGAUGAUUCAGAACCUCAGCCUGGUGAAGAGAAGCUUGCGGCUCUUACUGCAGGAGAUAGAGUACCAUGGGCUAAGGCUCGUCAGGCUUAUUUUAGCCAUGGAAAGAACAAACAGUCCUUAGAUGCUGUUGAAAAAGCAGCGUUUUUUGUGACGUUGGAUGACGUCGAGCAGGGGUACAAGAAAGAAGACCCAGUGAGGUCACUGGAUGCAUAUGCAAAAUCAUUGAUACAUGGCAGAUGUUAUGACAGGUGGUUUGAUAAGACAUUCACUCUUAUAAUAUUCAGAAAUGGCAAAAUGGGUCUGAAUGCAGAGCACUCCUGGGCAGAUGCUCCUAUUGUUGGACACCUGUGGGAGAAUGUGAUGGCAACUGAGUAUCUUGAACUGGGCUAUUCAGUAGAUGGACAUUGCAAAGGAGAUACCAACCCAAAUAUUCCUAUUCCUACCAAACUUCAAUGGGAAAUUCCAGAAGAAUGCCAAGAAGUGAUUGAGAAAUCUCUGAGCACUGCUGUAGCUCUAGCAGAUGAUGUGGACUUCCAUUCAUUUUAUUUUGAUACUUUUGGGAAAGGACUAAUAAAGAAAGUGAAGACCAGCCCUGACGCCUUUGUGCAGCUCGCGCUGCAGCUUGCUCACUAUCGGGAUAUGGGAAAGUUUUCUUUAACAUAUGAAGCGUCCAUGACACGCUUGUUCCGAGAAGGCAGGACCGAAACGGUUCGUUCGUGCACUGUUGAGUCCUGUCGUUUUGUUCAAGCCAUGGAAGACCCAACAGAAAGUACUGAAAACACGCUGAAGUUCUUUCGGCAGGCAGCUGACAAACAUCAGCACUUGUAUCGCCUUGCCAUGACUGGGGCUGGCAUUGACCGCCACCUCUUCUGCCUUUAUGUCGUGUCCAAGUACCUCGCUGUAGAUUCUCCUUUCCUCAAGGAAGUUUUGUCAGAACCUUGGAGGCUGUCAACAAGUCAGACACCACAGCAGUACAUUGAUCUGAAGAAGAACCCAGAAAUGUUAGCCUCUGGUGGAGGGUUUGGGCCGGUGGCUGAUGAUGGUUAUGGUGUUUCUUACAUGAUCUUGGGUGAAAAUUUCAUUCAUUUCCAUGUCUCCAGCAAAGUAUCUUGUUCUGAGACGGAUUCUCAUCGUUUUGGAAAGAACAUCCAGAAAGCAAUGGUUGACAUCAUGGGUUUAUUUAACCUUAGUAAAAACUGUACAAAGUGAUCUGCUUUCCUGGUGCCAAGCAAGCUCCUCUUGGUGGGAUGAGAACUCUUCUGCACAGGGAACAAGAGCAAGGUUUGUCGAAGAGUAGCUGGAGAAGAAACUGAGUCAUCACCUUCUUGAUCACCUAUUAAAGCCUUAGCAGUAUAUUAAAUGUGUCUUUUUUUGUUGUGGUUUGUUUUUGGGGUUUUUUUUUGUCAGUAGUAUGGAAGAGCUUAUUUCUACAAAGGAUGACUUUUAAAAUUUUCUAUGUUUCUAGGGAGGAAGCAUAGUAUCAUUGCAUGAAGUCAUGUAUAUUCUAACUUCUGCAGUUUUCUCUUAAUUUGCAUACACUUUCUCUCUUUUUUUUUUUUUUUUACUUUAAAUUAAUUUACUUGUUUCCAGAAUCAAAGGGAUAAAACACACCGACUUAAAUACUAGAAAAAGUUAGAUUUGCUAUGUAUUAAUAGCAGGAUAUUCUUCAAUGUAUCAAUGCUGCUUAAUGUAAAUGAGUGACAAACUUGUGGCCAUUUGCCUUCCUUGGUUUCUUUUUAGAGGUAAAUUGUGUAAAACAUACCAAAAAAUCCCUGCUGUAACCUACCUUAACACACUAAGUUGGGGAAAUUUUAUGGUUUUUGCAAAGAAGGAAAAAAAAAAAAAGAAACCCAACUACUGGAUAGUACAAAGUGUCCCCUCAUUAGAAAGUAUCACAUUUUUCUUACUGCUUACAAGACUGUUCAUGAUGUUGAUUUUAUUUCUGUAUAAAUAAAUGGACCUGUGUGCUUGUUCAUGCAAGUGCCUUAGAAAAACAAAGAUCCUUAGCCCAGGAAAAAGGCACAUGCUGGCAGUUGUUUCAGUGGUAAGAGAGGUAAAGCUGUAGUAAUGCAGACCUGGUUUUCAAAUUGCAAAAUAGGAUGAAGCGGCAUAAGCAGAUGUGAAUAUGUUGCCAAUAGUGCAGUCAGGUUUGAAGCUCUAAUGAAAUGCUCUAAAUUUAUAAUGAAUUGCUUAAAUAGCAAAGGUCGCUCCUUGGGAAGGGCAGGACUAACUUUGUUUGGAAUUAACAGAUAUUCACGUUUGCUUUGGUGAAUGGAAUUGGUGUCACUCGGGUUUCUGGGUGCUGGGAAAUGUUAACAGGGUUGGAUGCAACGUGGUGGAAAGUCUGCAAAGCAAGGCUGCCUGUGUAGGCUGAUGGAUUGCAGUUUGCCUGCUUUCAGCCUGGAAGGACCACUACUGCAGUGCCAGCCAUCUGCAUGAGAAGGGCAAACUGCUAAAGCCAUGGGAAAUAGCUCCAGAGUGAGAAAAUCAUGGCCUUCUCAACCCUCUCCUGGGAGAUGCUCUUGGUCAAGCAGUUUCUAGAGGAUACCGGUAGGGAGGGGAAAGCUUUUGCACUCAAAAAGGAACAUGAUGUUUCCAAGUG